UAAACAUUCAAACUUUGAAGCUCUAGAGUUCCGGUGGGGCAAGCGACUGCAAAAUCAAAAAUGGAGAAGCGGAUGGCUGCUGCUACUGCUUCUGCUUCUUAUCGUCUACUCAACCAAAAGAAGCACACCUCUAAAAGAUUUCUGGAUAAUCGCCGAUUGGUCUCUAAUUUCGGUGAACUUCACCGAUCGUCUUCAAGUUCACGAGGUUUUAUGCAUCAUUGUGGCACUGCGCCUCUCAAGAAUUUUCUUGCACGUUUUCCAUGGGAUCUUCAGAAAUCCUCCCUAAUUCACAUACAGAAUAUGUCUGGAAUCCAGCACAGAACUUUUGGUUCAGCAACGUCCACCAUAAUUCAACGAAACCCCUUGUUUUCAACCAUAAAUCAUGAUGAUAUCAUCUAUUUUGAAAACAAAUUAGGGGUGAAAAACGUAAUUCAGGACGAAGAAGAACUACAAACAGCAAACACAGAUUGGAUGCAUAAAUACAAAGGCUCAAGUAAGCUUAUGCUCCUACCUGAGAACACUGAUCAGUUAUCUCAAAUUCUUAAGUAUUGCAAUUCCAGAUGUUUGGCAGUUGUUCCUCAAGGUGGAAACACAGGUCUUGUUGGAGGAAGUGUUCCUGUAUUUGAUGAGGUCAUUAUAAAUACUCGGCGCAUGAAUAAUAUCAUUUCCUUUGACGAGGUGAGUGGUGUACUGGUAUGUGAAGCAGGAUGCAUACUGGAAAAUCUAAUGUCUUUCCUAGACAAACAAGGAUUUAUUAUGCCAUUAGAUUUAGGUGCAAAAGGAAGCUGCCAGAUUGGUGGAAAUGUUUCAACUAAUGCUGGUGGCUUACGCCUUGUACGUUAUGGAUCUCUUCAUGGAACUGUUCUUGGUCUUGAAGUUGUUUUGGCGAAUGGUAAUGUGAUUGAUAUGCUUGGGACUUUGCGAAAAGACAACACUGGCUAUGACCUAAAGCAUUUAUUUAUCGGAAGUGAAGGGUCUUUGGGUAUUAUAACAAAAGUUUCCAUAUUAACACCUCCAAAGCUGUCUUCUGUAAACAUUGCUUUCCUUGCUUGUCAAGAUUAUAUCAGUUGCCAGAAACUUCUAUUCCAAGCUAAAAGACGACUUGGUGAAAUAUUAUCUGCAUUUGAGUUUCUUGAUGCACAAGCAAUGAAUCUUGUUCUUGAUCAUUUAGACAGUGUCCGAAAUCCAUUACCAUCUUCAAUUUACAACUUCUAUGUUCUUAUCGAGACAACUGGCAGCAAUGAAUCUAAUGACAAAGAGAAGGUUGAGGGUUUUCUUGUGGAUGCAAUGGAAAGUGGUUUAGUAAGUGAUGGAGCCAUAGCACAGGAUUUGAAUCAGGCAUCAUCCUUUUGGCAAAUUCGUGAGGGAAUUCCAGAAGCAUUGCAGAAAGCUGGAGCUGUAUAUAAAUAUGAUUUAUCAAUUCCUGUUGAGAAAAUGUAUGAUCUUGUUGAAGAAAUGAGGAUACGUUUAGGUGGUAAAGCAAAUGUAGUGGGAUAUGGUCACCUUGGAGAUGGAAACCUUCAUUUGAAUGUCUCGGCUCCACAGUAUGAUGAUGCUAUUUUGGGAGAAAUUGAACCAUUUGUGUAUGAAUGGACAUCAAAGCAACGUGGGAGUAUAAGUGCUGAACAUGGAUUAGGUCUUAUGAAAGCUGAAAAGAUUUACUAUAGCAAGUCAACUGCAACUGUAGAGCUGAUGGCUUCUAUGAAGAAGAUGUUGGAUCCUAAUGGGAUACUGAAUCCUUACAAAGUUAUCCCACAAUCACUCCUAUCCUGAAUUCAUCCUCCUAAUAUCAAUCUUGUUAAUUGUGGUCCAAGUCCACCAACAGGUAUCACAUCAAGCCAUCAAGGAUGAGGG